AUGAACAGCCUUGUUAAGCCAAUUACCAGUGAUCACGAUCUCAUUGAACUCGCUGAGAAGAUGGUGGCUCAGCUCGAUAAUAUUUUCGAAUCAAGUGAGAUCUCUCAGCCGCUUCCGAAGAAUGGAUCAUAUCUGAUUUUACUACGACAACCUAAUAUGGAUGUAGGACACUGGACAGCUGUUCACAAAGGCAAAUAUUUUGAUAGCAUGGAAGAAGCGGCACCUACGAAAUAUGGAGUCUGGCGAUAUAAUACCAAACAAUAUCAAAGUUCACCUGAUGUAUUUAAGAACAUGAAAGAUCUGAAUUUCUCAAUUCUGUAUUAA